CAUUGCUCUUCUUCAAUUGUAAUUGUGAGUUGGAAGAAACAGUUUCUUUGACUUAUCACCAUUUCAUGUUAAAUCACCAACGAAAAAAGUUAACUGCAAUGAAAUGAAUAUGAAAAUUGUCAACUUUUUGUUCGUUUUUUGAUUCAUUUGCUUUUAUUUUUCAGUUUCUUGAUUCUUCAAAAAAAUAAGAUUGAAAGAAGCUUCUUUUUGUUGUUUCACAGCUUCAUUAUUUAAUCAUUACAAUGGAUGGUUUAAUUAGCAUGAUAAUGGUUGUUACCAAGUUUCCCAUUUGUUUUAUGUAACCAUUAUCUGUUCAAUCUCAUGUCAAUUGUUACACAUCAACAAAAUCAUUCAAUUGUUAAUAAAUAUUUUCAUCUGCCUCAUCAUAAUCAUCAGCAUCACUAACAUCACUAUCAUUGACAAGCUAAAGCUCAAAGCCAAACCAACAAACUUCAACAAUCAAACCGUUGACAUAUCAAGAUACAUUCAGCCAAUAAUUGCACAUCAAACAAGACAACGUUAUUAAACAAUCAGUACUGAUCAAUAUACUAAUCAACACUGUUAAACCUUCUUAAUGCCGCUCAAUUUUGGUGAUAAAACCAGGUUUGAUUGUAACCAACAUCCAGAUUCAUCAAUUUGUCAGUUAUUACCUUUAAUAAGUCGUUAUGAUUUGGACGAAACACCGAAAGAAGAAGGUAAAACUUUGAGAGUUUUAUUUUCAGCUCAAUCAACUGAAGCUAUAAUCUAUGUAGUGGUUGUCCUUAUGAUUUACGUGUUCAUGUUUGGAGCUUUGUUUUAUUCAUCUCGAGGAGUUGGACCAAACCAUAGACCAGAAAAUGAUGGUGAAAAUGAACGGGAUUAUCGGAAAUUGGACACAGUGGUCAAGUUAAAGAGUAAAAAACGCUGUAAAUGUGAAACAGAAACAGUUGAAGGAUUGAAUGAUAAUUAUGUUUAAACAAAAUUGAAUAAAAAAUCGGUGAAAUUGGAAA